UAUUUUGAUCUAAUAAAAUUAAAAUAAUCUUUUAGAUGAUCAACCUACUGGUAAUUUGGUAUCCAGUGAUGUCGAUCCAGGUACAAACCUUGUAUUUAAAAACAAACAUUUGUUGUAGAACUUGUUGGUGGACCACUCUCUCGUUGGAAUUAGACUUGUACUGUUACCUGAGAAAAGCAGUAACUGAAAAGGAGAAAGGAUCAGAUAUCCCAAAACCAGGAAUCUUCCAGAGUGGAGAUGAUGCAGUUUUUGCGAGUGAGGUAAGAUCUUUCUCUUGUAAGACCUCUUUUAAGAAUUUAACCCAGGCAGUUGUUUACACCCAAGUUAGAUCGGAAGCAUAGCAAAGGAAUCGUACAACCUGUGAAUUCAGUUUAAUUACUGAGAUCAAGGAUGGUGAAACAUUCAUUAUGAUUAUACA